CAAAUGGAGGAGGAUAAAUAAGGGUUGCCGACAUUAUAGAGACGAGUGUACAAGUUAUGAACUAGGACAACGGACAUCGAUUGUUGAGAGUCAUUUUCAAAGCUAACUACCAAGAUUACCCCUGAAAUUAUUGAACAGCUUUUGAAAUAUAAUAUUUCUUUUUCAAUUUCAAAAAUCAUUAUUACAAUUGUUAAUACUGAAUCGAUGAGCACUUCGGGAGGACGUGCAAUUUUGUAAUUGCGAAACUCUAUUGUACUUGCGAAUCACUAUUGUACAUGUUCUUUAUAAGACAAGAUGUCCACGCCUGCCGAGAGAAACAAACAACGCGAGGAGCUAAAACGGGAAUUUAAAUACAUUUUCAAAAUAGUAGUAGUAGGAGAUUCAGGUGUGGGGAAGACAUCGUUGAUUCGAACUUACACAGAUGGCCAAUUUCAACAUUAUUUGCAUCCUGAUGGUCUCUUGGACAAGAAGGAAAAAGUGUUGCGAUUGGGAUCGGAUAAAAUCAAACUUGAAAUAUGGGACACUGCUGGUCAGGAACGCUACAGGAGCCUCACAGCAUCAUACUACAGAGGUGCCCAUGGUUGCCUAAUUCUCUUUGACGCUAGUGUUACCGAUGCAACCACAAACACAAACAGAUCGCUGGAUCGCUGCGUUCACUGGUUGGAUGAUACAACGCAGUACUGUAAUGACAGCACGUGUAAAAUGCUCGUUGCAACAAAGUGCCAUCUUUUAGAUGAAACAAAAACUUUGAAGUGCGAACUUGGCAAGAAGUUCGCAGAUGAGAACAAUUUGUCAUAUAUGGAAUUAAGCUCCGAGAAAAACAUGAAUGUGAAUGAAACAUUUGAAAAACUUGCGCAAAUAUUGUACACUGAGUAUUCAAGACGGGACAGUAAUCUAAAUGAAAAGGUUAAUGAGGGUCAGGGGAAUUCAUUGCACAUAUUCAAGUCAACUUUCUUUAAGAAUUCACUUGUCUGUCCGGGUAGCUGCGUUAUAUUAUGAUUUAACAAGCUUUGAGAAUUAGCGUCUUUUAAAAAAGAAACAGACUUCGAAUU